CGCCCCUCCCCCGAUUCUUCCUGACUGCCAGCGACAAACCUGAGCCGGGCGUUUGGAAACUGCUGGGAAGGUGAUUGUGCUCCAGAUGAAAAUGUUUGAGAGCCUUGACUCUUCGGCUGCAAAGUCUGGCAGGGAUCUCUGGGCUGAAAUUUGUUCUUGUCUGCCAAGUCCUGCCCAAGAAGAUGUUUCCGACAAUGCCUUCUCGGACUCCUUCAUGGACUCCCAUCCUGCAGGGGAAGGCCAUACAGCAGCCCCAGACUCUGCUGUCCAGCCAGCUGGAAAGCCGUGGGCUCCCUUGCAUGAUUCAGAAGUGUAUUUAGCAUCUCUAGAGAAGAAACUAAGAAGAAUCAAAGGUUUAAAUGAGGAAGUAACUUCCAAGGACAUGCUUCGAACUCUGGCCCAAGCUAAGAAGGAGUGCUGGGAUCGAUUCCUCCAGGAGAAGUUAGCGUCAGAGUUCUUUGUGGAUGGACUUGAUUCCGAUGAGAGCACCUUGGAACAUUUCAAAAGGUGGCUCCAGCCGGAUAAAGUCGCCAUCAGCACAGAGGAGGUCCAGUUCCUCAUCCCUCCGGAGUCGCAGGCUGAGAAGCCAGAGGCCGGGGACAAGCCAGCGGCAGCAGAACAAUAAAUUACACACACAUACGCCAAGCAGCUGUCUGGGGCCCAGGGGGAACCGCGGAGAGCUUGACAGCACGGCAGCAAGGAGAAACCCAGGGAGGGGAAAAAGCCCAGACUUCCACUCCACAAAGCAAACAGCUGCUGGCCCCGGGGACUUGCUUAGGGCUGGCAUGUGUGACUGUCCUGGAUGAAGUGACAGACCCAGUGUGUGCUGGAUCAAAACACUGCUGUCCUGCGUGUCUCACAGCUUGACUGAGCACUGCGGCUGCGGGCUGUGGGUUAGGGGUCUGUAAGGACCCAGUGAAGAGCGGAGUGUGAAACACUGAGCGCAUUCGAGCAGAGCUCGGGGACACUGGAGCCCUCAGAUAGAAUGGAUCAGUCAAGUGAGCCAUGUUUUCUCUCCCUCUUCUGGAUCUUCAUGCGUGUGUCUCAAGCAUUCCAUAGUUAAGUAGUCAGGAACAAGGGUAGCCAAGGAGAGUGAAGUCAGUGUCCUUGAGUCCAAGUCCCGCCAGACUCGCUCACAUACUCAUCGUAAAUGGACGGACUCCCAGGAACCGGCUUUUCCUUUAGAUUUGUUCCUUUUGUCAAAAAGUGGAAGAAGAAGAAGAAAAAAGAAGUGUGAAAACGUGGGUGUUUAUAUCUGCGUAGAUAUAUUUUCUAUUUCGUGGCUUCUCCCCCAGCUUCUGCUUGUAGGAACUUUACACGUUCCAAAUUAGACUUGUAAAUAUGGUUUGACACAACUCUCGAUUAAUUCCAAACUUGCUUCCCGUGGCAAGUUCCCCGACUGAGACUGAGCUUGCAUUUACUCCUUGUUUAUUGUGUUGUUCAUGUAAAGUUUGAGUUGUCUAUAUAAAACUUUCUCAUUGGA